AUGACUCUGAAAAGCUAUUCGAGGUCAACUGAUGGAUUUGUCCAUCGUUGUGGAAUAUGUUGGAAACGAAUUUUGAUCUGGUCAGCCCUAACUCUUUUCCAACCUAAGCCUUAUCAAGAAUGUACUUGUCGAACAGCACAGGUCUAUCGGAAACGUGAAUGUAAUUUUUUGCAAGAGAAGAUGCUCAGGAUAAUUAUUGUCGAUAAACAGUUGCGUAUGUUACGUCCAAAUGAAAGUUUUCCAACAUUCUCAUACUAUCAACUGUUGUGUAUGCUGUCAAAAGCUGUUAUAACUAAUCUUUGUUCUCUAAAGAAUAAUGAUUUUCUGUCUGUAUAUGAUAAAGACGUAUCCAAAUCAAAAGGUGGACUGCUUAACACAUUUUCAUCUGAUGCCUCCAAUUUAUGCAGUGAAAUUGAUCAAAGUCAACAAAAUACUAAAGUGUUACAUACUACUGAAGUGACUGCUGCAUUAAUUGGUAACAUAUUAAUGGAAGCCUAUGCUUAUUACGGACCAUGGUCAAAUAUUCAGAUCCUACUCUUCACAGAUGGUGGAUCAUCUCAUUUCACACUUUCAUCAUUCACCUGGCCUGAAAAUUUCCCUGAAAGUCUGUACAGUACUGUUUCAAUACUAUUUAUUAGUUUAAGUGAUAAAAAGCUUUCUAAUGAUCUGUUGGAGGUGUAUAAUAAAUUUCAUUUGAAAUCAGCAAUCCUUGAAGGUAGUAAAUACAUUUCAAAUCCCAAAGAAUAUACUGUUCAAGGAUAUGUGGAUAAUUUAGCUGAACAUGUUGUUAACAAGUGUCAUGAAAUGUAUCCAGAUAGUCAAAAUGUAGUCAUAAAUUGUGGACGUCUUCAAAGUUCGGCAACAUUGAUAUCCUCUCCGGGUAUUCAUUUUACCACUGAAUCAGACAAUAUGAUUAUUGAUUCACUUUAUAUGGAGAUAUUUGGUUUUCUUAAUCUCAGUGAUUUAAAUAAUCCACCAGUAAAUGGACGUUUUAUUGUAGUCAGUAAACAACAGUCAACAGUUGAUGAACCAGAUUUCCUUUGUCUACUUUUGGAAGCAUUGAAGACAACUAAAUCUGCUGCAGUGUGUAAUAUUUAUGUAAUAAUGACAAAUAUAACUCAAGAAUCAGAUCCAAGUUAUUCAUCUGAACGCCACAAUCAUAAAUAUCAUCAUCAUCACCAUCAAAGUCAACACCGCUCAGAAAACCAAAAGCAAGAGCAUAUUAAGAAUUCAUUGAACCGUACAUUUUGGACACAUGGCUAUCUACAUCAUAUUGACUUGAAAAAAUCAAUUCUAGUUCUAUCAGUGUUUGAAAAAGAUUGUACUGGUCUGCCUUGGCUUGGUCAAUUCAGUCAUUUGGCUCCAGUAACAGAUUUUGCUGGUUCACAAUUGUAUGAUGAUGUUAAUGGCACUUCACCAUUCCCCGUUCGUACACCGGAUUAUUUAAGUUACAAAACUGAUUCUACACGUUAUGUUUCCUGGUCUUCACAGUCUGCAAUGCUGAUGGAUAUUAACAAAGUGUUUAGAUUAAGUCGACGUUUACCUGACAAGUCUGCAUUAUUAUAUAAGGAGUUGAAUCGACUUCGUUCUGCGGCCACACUCUAUGGAUGUCCAGACUUGUUACUAAAAAUUCAUUCAAUGAUUAUGUCAAUGCAUGAAUCAUCUAUUACUCAGCAUAGCAAUAUCAAUAACGAUCAUAUUAAAGCACUACAGGAUUGUUUAAAUCAUGUCAGUCGAUUGUUACUUCAACAAGAAGUCGAUAGUCACGGUGAUAAUGAAGCUGAUGGUGAUGCAUCGAACAAGAGGAUGAUUACUGUAUCUUCUUCUGAUAAAAGCUGAAAAAGAAUUCUUUCUUUUGUUGUUGUAAAUAAGUUCACAAGUAUAUUCCAUUUUGUAUAUACAAAAAAAUCUUUUUGUCAACAAGGAAUGAAUUUUUUUUUAAUUUGUCCAAUUUCAAUCAUUAAUGUCAUCACGAAUCGACUUCAGUUAGAGAACCAGUGUAAACCAGGGAGUACCGGAGAACUGUUUCUUCUUGCAGAAUCCUUAGUUCAUCUUUUGAGCAUAUAACUCUAUCCCUGUGGCUGAGAGUCCUUACUAAAUUUCUUUUGUAUUGGAGAGGAAGAAAGCUAUGAAAAUGUGUAUAUUGUCUUGUCUAUGUGCUUUUCCUAUGCAAAUUUCUCUUUAUACUACCAUCUGGUUUUUUGUAAGGAGGACAUCUAGGAAGGUAAUUCUGUUUUUGGAUUCCUCUUCGCACGUGAAUUUCAUAGUAGAAUGUAUUUCAUUGGAUUGAGUUAUUAUUGUGUUCCUAUCCGGAUCAUUAUCACAAAGAAUAAAGAUGUCAUCCCUUUAAAGGAUCAAGUUGUCCGAAGUUCUAUUAGGAAGUCACGAUCUGUGGGGUCCUUGCAAGUUGGGUAUAAGGAAAGAUACUCACCGUUGGCCU